AUGUUGGAGUUUGGAUGUGAAAUGCCCUCUAUUGAAGACUUCGUGCUCAAUGCAGAAGUGUUCAGAGGGUGUCCGUGCCACAGCCAUGUUUCACUGGUGCUGAAGCUGCUAUCCCUCACUCUGUUCACUAUUCUCCUGGCGGCUGUCCUUGUCAAUGUCUCCAAAGUCCCUAGCUCCCAGGUACAGGAGCAGGCAAAACGGGAGAAGAUCUACAAGGAAAUGACCCAGCUGAAAGCUGAAAUUUACAACCUGUGUCGCCCCUGCCCCUGGGACUGGAUGUUCUUCAGAGGAAACUGUUACUUGUUCUCCAAAUCUCAACAGAGUUGGCAUGACUCUGUCACUGCCUGCCAGGAAGUGAGAACCCAACUUGUAGUCAUCAAAAGUGAUGAGGAGCAGAGCUUCCUGCAGCUGACUUCUAAGAAUGAAGGCUAUGCCUGGAUGGGGCUCUCAGACCUGAAACAUGAGGGCAACUGGCACUGGGUAGAUGGAUCACCUCUGCUCUUCAUGAAAUAUUGGAAUGAAGGGGAGCCCAACAAUAAUCAGGAGGAAGACUGUGCAGAAUUUAGAGGCGAUGGCUGGAAUGAUGCCCCAUGUACAUGUGAGAAAUUCUGGAUCUGCAAGAAUUCCGCAGCAGUCUGCUCCAACAAGUUAAGUCUCUUCCAUUGCCAUAGCACCUGUGGGCACAAUGUCCUUGCUGGGUGGCAGAACUUGGCCUACGCCAUCCAGUUUUUUCUCCCUGUCUGUGGGGUAACAAUAGCUCUGUUACCCCACUCUAAUCUUGUACUGCCUCAGUGA